AUGGGCUUUCUGGAGGACUGUGGCCGCUGCAAGAUUUGUUCUGCACUGUUGCUGGGCUCUUCUCUGGCAGGCUUCGUCCUUGACCGAGGUCUGAUACAUACUUACAUUAUGGUGACAUCGUCACCAUCUGCUGCUUCUGGAACGAGACCGGCCUGUCGGGUUCAUACUGGAUCAGCCUCCACGGGAGUGAAGGAGCAAUCGAGAACUCAUGUAGAAUUGGAAGGCCCCAGCCUGGAAAAGAAAGCAUUUGGAAUCAUCUCCAACCCACAAUCCCGAGUGGUUUUCGUUAUGUACAUGGAUCGGCAUAACUUGGCGUUAUCAUCAAAGGUCAGCCGCAAUGCUGGCGCGGGCGGGCUUCAACCUCCAGGCUCUUCGCGAAACUAG